AUGCGGGGAACCACCAACACGUAUCACCAACACGUACCACCAACAGGUACCACCAACACGUACACCCAACACGUACCACCAACACGUACCACCAACACGUACCACCAAGACGUACCACCAACACGUACCACCAACACGUACCACCAAGACGUACCACCAACACGUACCACCAAGACGUACCACCAACACGUACCACCAACACGUACCACCAAGACGUACCACCAACACGUACCACCAAGACGUACCACCAACACGUUCCACACACGUACCACCAACAGCUACCACCAACACGUACCACCAAGACGUACCACCAACACGUUCCACACACGUACCACCAACACGUACCACCAACACGUACCACCAACACGUACCACCAACACGUACCACCAACACGUACCACCAACACGUACCACCAACACCUACCACCAACACGUACCACCAAGACGUACCGACAACACGUACCACCAACACGUUCCACACACGUACCACCAACACCUACCACCAACACGUACCACCAACACGUACCGCCAACACCUACCGCCAACACGUACCACCAACACGUACCGACAACACGUACCACCAACACCUACCACCAACACGUACCACCAAGACAUACCACCAACACGUUCCACACACGUACAACCAAGACGUACCACCAAGACGUACCACCAACACGUUCCACACACGUACCACCAACACGUACCACCAACACGUACCACCAACACGUACCACCAUCACGUACCACCAACACGUACCACCAACACGUACCACCAACACGUACCACCAACACGAACCACCAACACGUACCACCAACACGUACCACCAACACGUACCACCAACACGUACCGCCAACACGUAUCGCCAACACGUACCACCAACACGUACCGCCAACACGUACCACCAACACGUACCAUCUACACGUACCACCAACACGUAGCACCAACACGUACCACCAACACGUACCACCAACACGUACCACCAACACCUACCGCCAACACGUACAACCAACACGUACAACCAACACGUACCGCCAACACGUACCACCAACACGUACCAUCUACACGUACCACCAACACGUAG